CUUAAAAGGACAGGACUUUCAUAGAUUUCCUCCAAACUGUUUAUCACAUGGCAAAGAAGCCUGCAUUGACUAAGGUGAAGCAGAAGGCGGCUGGCUCGGUACCAGCUGGGACGAAGAUAAAUGUUCAACAGCCGCCCCAAUUUCCUUCUGUUUCGCCGAAAGAAUCGCUGAUAGUCGAUGACUUCGUACCAGACAAGAUACUACUCAUCCAAGAUGCAUUUGACGAAAGCGAGUGCAAGCAAUUCAUAAAGUUCAUGGAAGAACUGCCUCUGGAACUCACACCUGCUCCUAAGAAAGGAGAGGCUGUGCGAGUGAACUAUCGCAUAAAUAUUCAGUCGCCAUCGUUCGCUGAAGCGCUUUUCAGUGUAUUUUCUCCUCAUCUCCCGAAUUUCCCCUUGCCGGAAUCAAGGAUCCCACGGAAAGCAAAUUCGAAACCAGAUAGCUCUGCUAUUGCAGCUCGACCAGCACAUUCAUUCAACUCCAAUAUACGUAUGUACAAGUACACAGAAGGACAGCACUUUGGAUCCCAUUAUGACGAUUCGGUUACUGAUCCCGUAACUGGUACACAUUCGGAGUGGACGCUCCUAAUUUAUCUCAGUGGGAAAGAGGAUGGGGUCGUUGGUGGCGAAACUAUUUUCUAUCCUGGCGAGGGCAAGAAGAAAGACAAGGAACUUCCUAUCGUACCAGAGUUACGGCGCGGUAUGGCUCUUCUUCAUCGCCACGGCUACGAAUGUUUUCGGCACGAAGGCGCCCUAGUUCAGAAGGGCGUGAAGUAUGUCUUGCGUUCAGAUGUGAUGUUCUCAGAUCAGUAAUUUAGGAGGCACCUUGAAACUAGAGUAUCGAGCAUACGGAAUUCAAACAAAAACUUGUAGUGC